GAUAAUCAAUAACAGCUGUCACAUGAUCUCGAUCUGCUUAUUCUUCAGUCAACUGAGCGCUGAAGAGCUACUUCAGAUUAAAGUCCUGCAUGAUGUCGGAGUGCCCAGAAUCCAGUGAAUCUGAGUUCCCGUACUCGUUCUCCACUGACGGCCGCCUUCGACACACACACACUGGUGAGCCAUACCGGUUCCGCUUCCACCCACGAGACGCUCUGCAGACGGAAACGGAGCAGCGUAGACUGUGCAGAUUCCUGACGCAGCACGUUUACACACUCCUACAGCAGAACUUUCAGAUGCGUCUGGAGGAACACAGCUCUGUGUUCAUGACCCCCGGAGCCCUGGAGCAUGCUGGGUGUUUGCUGCUUCUCCUGCAGGACCGGGGAACGGUGCAAGGCGGACUCUGGAGCUGGAAGAUCACGGCUCACGAGGGCUUGGAGACCGGUAGCCAGAUCCCGUACUUGCGCUGGGCUCUGAUGGAAGACUACGCUGUUAUCAUCAUGAACCCUAAUGGAGACCUGCACAACAAGACGCCGGAGGAGCACGUGUCUGCAGUGUGGCGGCGUCUCGUGUGUGUGAGCGCGGCGCAGCAUGUGUGUGUGGUGGCUCAUGGAUACGGAGGUCUGGCGUUUGUGGAUCUGCUGUGCUGCCGGAUGGAGGAGGUGCAGCGGCGGGUCACGGCUGUGGCUUUUCUGGACUCCAGUCACAGUCUGUGGCAUCAGCCGCUGGGGAAAGCCGGACGAGACUGGCUCAGGUGUCACUCCAGGACGUGGAUCUUGAGCACUAAAGCCCUGAACCGCUCGGUGGGCUCGCUGAAGGCCGGAUGUACACAGAUCUCUGCCGGGACUCAGUGUCACGACUCUGCGCCUGCCGUCUGCAUGGAGUCUGUGUUUCGCUUCUUCAGCAAAACCAUCAAACCCAAAGCUCCACCGACACCAUUCGAGAUCAUCACCCGCAGCAGGAGCCGCUCACACGACCACAACAACAACGACAAACACUGAGAGUAAAUAAAGCACACUCUGCAUCAGAAUCAGCCAUUACUGUCUUCAUUCAGGAUCUUGGUAAUACUUUAGCUCUCAAUUCACGCUAUUAAAU